AUGUAACUUUCCUUUAAUUGCGGAAAGGAAUUCCUAAUUAUGACGUCAUAGCUUCUAUUGCUAUCUCAUUGUUUGAUCUUUUUAAAUCAAAUUAUAUCAAGCCAAUCUCUUCUGAUUCAUACGUUACAAAAAAUAAUAAUAAUAAUAAGCUGCGCUGAGAUCGUUGUUCAUUAUUCGAAGAUGGCUCUGAAUCCUCAGGUGUUUCCUAACGGGAUGCCCGUGCCGUUUGUGAACGAGAUGUUCGUAUUAGCCAGAGAUGGCGUGGAUUUCGAGGUUGACAAGAUCCCCGGAGCUCAAGGAGGACAUGUCAAAGCAAAGGGCAUAAUUUACUUGUCCAAUAUACGUAUGGUUUUUGUUGCAAAUAAACCUGUUGGAGACUUUGCUGCUUUUGAUCUGCCCCUGCUUUACAUUCGCGGUGAAAAAUUUAACCAACCAAUAUUCUUCUGCAACAAUAUAUCUGGAUCUGUCGACCCUGUUGUACCUGAAAACGAGCAAAGGGCUCUAUUCUCUACUCAUUCAUUCAAGAUUUUAUUCAAGGAAGGUGGUUGCGGAACUUUUGUGCCCUUAUUCUUUAACCUAAUUCAUUCUGUGAGACAAUAUAAUCAAGAGACAUCAAGAGCAGGUCCUCAGUUGGAUCCCUUGCAAGCAUCACAGACGCCUGUUGAUGAAAUGAUGCGACAUGCGUAUGUUGACCCAAAUGAUCCUACAAGGAUAUUCUUGCAGCAACCAAAUCCUCAGUCACAGCUCAGGCGCCGAGGCUACCAUUCACAGCCUGCUAAUCAUGCCAUUUGAUGUGAAAUGUUGUUCCUCAAGGUUCAAACUUGUGCCAACCUUCUUAUUUUGUUAUGGUAAUGCAACAAUCUUCGGAACAUAUUGGUAGAAUUAUGAUGUAAAAGAGUUUCUUGGACGAGACAUGCGUUGUUUAUAUGUGUGUUGAAACUAAUCGUCCUACAAUACAUAUUGUCGUGCAUAGAUAAA